AUGUCCGUCCAGGGAGAGCUGUACGAAGAUUCCUGGAUUCUAUAUCGUGUCCUGGACAGGACGAUGGGGAGCCGAGAAAUGGUUGCCGUCAGGAGGAAGCUGACACUUGUACGUGAGCAAUUAAGUAACUGUGAUAAAACACAAUCAGAAACAAUUAACAUAGGAAGUUCAGCAGAAGGAAUUAAGAUGAAGGGCUCGGACCAAGAUCAAAUGCUAAUUCACAACUCUGUGGUAGUUAUAUGUCCUGACCGACAAAGCAGUAUCACACCAGAUAUUGCUAAUAAAACGGUAUUUAUUAUGAGAGAUACCGACAGCCGACCUGGCUAUGUAAAAUUGCAGCUGAAAGGACGGACGUGCACUUCAGACUUGUUUAAUUCGAUUGUACCUGUUGGAGAUGUACACUUUAUAUCAAGUGAAAUGUUUGCACGGUCACUAUCAGAUCAAGUAUGUGAUGUAUUCAGGACUACCGUAAACACUCGUGGAGCAGCUACUACUACGAGUAAAAUAACUUAUACAGAAUCAGAUAUCGAUUUAGUGCGUGUGUUCGUUUGUACUAGUUGGCCAAGCGAGAGCAACGAGUGGGUGAGCAGACCUCGAUUGUAUAACUGGCCGGAUAAAUGUUUGAGAGAUCAGAUAGUACAAGGUGGUUGUCAUCUUGUCCCUGUAGGAGAUAAAACGUCAGCCGACACGUUACUACAAUGGAGAAUUUCAUUCGCGACUGCGGAACGCAAACUCGUUCAUUCUCUCAGUCAUGUCCAGUUCCUAGUGUACUGUCUUCUCAAGUACCCUUUCAAACAGAUAUCUGGGAAGUUGAAACAAAUAUAUGGGGAUACGGAUAUUAUCUCGUCAUAUAUUAUCAAAACAACUAUACUCCAUGCAGUAGAAAACACACCUUUUUCUUUAUGGGAAGAAAAGAAUACAAUUCUUUGUUUCAUGCUGUGUUUAAAUAUUUUGGCCACGUGGGUGAGAGCAGGAUAUUGUCCUAAUUACUUUAUAUACAAGAAUAAUAUGUUCCUUGGGAAAGUUCAUGGUCACAAUCAACAAAAACUCCUCCGUUUACUUGUUAAACUCCGUGAUAUGACAUGGCGUUGUCUAUCAAUAGGAACAUUCUUCCAAUUAUCUAUAGGAAAGUAUAUCCAGAGAGUGAAAAAUGGGGCCUGUGAAAUAGUACUGCCUACACCAGCACAAUCAGAAAGAGAAACUGAUUUCACAAUAUUCGUACGGUCCUUCGUUUUGUUUCGUGCAACUGAUGUACUGCCCGCUUUGAAACUUCUGAGCAAAUCAAUGUCGGACAUGGAUGAAUUAAUAGCUUACUUCAAUACAGUACAUGCACUCUCUUUUAAAGGGAUGGAGGCAUUUGAGAAACAAGCUUCCCUCGGAGGAAACAAACAGAAGUAUAAAUCUCUUAGGAAAUGUAAGAAGUUUAUUUCACCACUUGCCGUAACUUGUACAAGUCCAGGUCUACUGACGUUGGCAACCUAUCACUACCAGACUGGGAAUUACUUGAAAACACUGGAAAUGUGUGGACACCUUAUUUCCUCGUGGAAAAUUUUCGUUGAUUGUAUGAGUGAAAAGGAUCAUGAAAGAUACGAACAUCUCUACUGUGGGCAUGGGUAUAGUCUUCUACACAAAUUUCAGCAAGCAUGUGUAUCAUACAUGUUUUUGACACAACCAUAUCCAAAUUUCUGUCCAGUCCAUUUACAACAAGAGCUAACGAACGUCAGUAGUAUAAAACUGCUAAUCCCACCACUCCCUUAUGCCGUGUUCCUGACCUUCCUGUGUUACCAUGAGCUUAACGAUACAAGAAGACGUGACGCAGCACUGAUCGAACUUCGGGCCAUGAAGUAUGAUAAGAACCAGGGAGGAAGUAAAUACUGGUUGUCCACAACCUCUUAG